UAAUUUUUACUUGUUCCCUUCCUUUCCAAAAGUACCUCAUCCCGCCGCUCCACCACACCAGUGCCUCCCCCAUGUGCUCUUUCUAAACUCCAAUCACCCACCCAGCACUACCAACACAGCAAUCCCGCAAUGGCGACUGCCGCCGCAGCAACCGUUUCUUCCGACGCAACAGCCACAAUUUCGGAGGGCCCCGUCCUUAGUUUCAUCAGCAAACGCCUCCGCGCCCUACGCAAGAAAUACAAUCGCAUCCUCCAGAUGGAAGAAUCCGUCUCCCAAGGCAAACCUUUGAACAAAGAACAAGAAGAAGUCCUCCGUUCCAAACCCGCCGUCUCCGCCCUCAUCGAUGAACUCGAGAAGCUUCGCCAGCCUCUUUCUGCCGCCGUCUCCGAAGAAAUCUCACUCGCCUUACAGCGACAAAACAUCUCACCUGAAGAAACAACUUCAGAAGCCCAUCCGGACAAAAUCGAAACCAAAGAACAACAAUCCAAUGAGCCCAAUCAUGAAAUCGAGGAUCUGCUUAACCUUCUCUAUUUCGGGUUAUUGUUCGAUGUCAAGUCUCAGAAUCAGUUUACCUCGACCAUGCUGACUAGAAUCCACGAGAGAGGCUGUUGCUUAACGUACGAUUACGUGACUGACGACGCUACCGAUCUGCUUAGUGAGAAAGAUUUGGAUUUGAUUGCGAUGCUCAGUGGACAUCUGACUUCACGACCUACUGAUUCUAGUGUGUCUCAUAAAAACGCUUUGCAACGCUGCGCCCAACAUGCUAAUCUUUGGCUUUCUAACUCCGACCAGCCGAUUGAUCCCAAUGUCGACAUUUCAUAUGCUGGGUUGAGACAGAGGCUUAACAAGAUAAUGUCUUUGGAUUAUUUUACAACAACGCCGGAGAUUAAGGAUCCUGUUGAAGUGGCUGCUGCUGCUGCUGGGACUUAUACUUCUUUCCAGGUUCCAGUGCACAGUGUGCUCAUUCCAGUCCCUGUCCAGGUGGAAGAUUCAACCGAGCAGUACCAGCCAAAGGAAGACGACUCGUCAAAUUAUCAAGAUGCUGAAACUGGUGACAAUCAAUAUAAUAGUACGGAGGAAUUUCAGCAGGAUAAUUUGGAGAAAGAGAACCAUGCAGAGGAUAUUACAGUUCAACAAGAACAUGGCAAACUACAGGAAGAUAAUUUAGAAUCCAAGGAACAACAAUAUGUUCCUCGAAGACCAUAUCAGAACCAAAGAGGUGGUCGAGGUACUGGGGGUGGCCGUAGGGCUGGUCGUGGAGGUCGAGGCAGUGGGAGGGGAGCUGUAAGCUACCAGAAUGGGCAGAACCAAUAUUAUGAUCAGCCUGGCAACUAUUAUUCUAGGAACCAAUAUAACAACAGGGGCAGAGGCAGUAGAGGCGGAGGCCAUGCCUACAACCAGGGCUCAGCCGUUCAGGGUGGUAAUCCGUCGGAUGAUGUUGGAGUUGCCUCAUGACAGUGUCCGUCAGAUCCAUUUUUCCAGAUCGGCGAUAGAAUUGUACUUUUUUGUGCUUUUUGCGUGAAACAUGGUUUAAAUGUGGGUUGAUGUCGAUAUCGUAUAUCCGGAACACCCUUUUAACUUCAUUUUUGUAGUUCAACUGAAUAAUAUUUAUGUGAAGAAUCUCCAGGGGAUGAUGAAAUGCCAUUUCCCUGUAGAUUUGUCAAUACAAGGCCGUUGAGCACUU